AUUUAUUAUAGUAUUAUAGUAUCUAACAUCUGAAAUGUAAAAUAAUCUAUUGUAAGAUAAUAGGAUUAAACACGUGGCGACCUUGUCGUGAGAUUUUCCAGUAUGGUUCUUUAUUGGUGCUAAAUGUUGUGACGGUUGGUUUCUAUGGUAUCGAGUGACCUGGUCAGUCUACCACGUGGUCAGUAAUCAAACUUUAAAUUUGGGCUAGACCCUAGUGAUCCAGAUGUAACGAUAGUAGAUCGUUUGUCGUUCUUCGGCUAGCUUCUACGAAGCAUCAUUAUAGUGGACACGAAUCACUUGUUGAGAUAUGUAAGUUGCUUCAGUGAUCGUUACAUCAAAUUAUUUUCUUACCAUUUAAAACUGAUCUUCAUAAUACAUUUUUUCAAUUGACAUCGUUUACGAAGUGAGUUAUUAUUUGUACACAUGUAUAAGCACAAAUCAUGCGUUAAUUUUACGCUAAUUAUUAUAUUUAAAUUAUAAAGAUAGAUGAUUUGUCACAGGUUACAUAAAAAAAUACGUAGAUGUAACACUGACAGAAUUUUUGUACUAUAAUAUGGAAUAACAUUAGUAUUACGCGAUGUGUAUAUGUGUGUAGUACAUGUAAAAGAGGAAACAUUAAAUAGGAGUGAAUUAUACGCCAACGAUUCGGUCAUCAACAUUAUAUCUUUUUAAGAAGGUGAGAGAAAUUCAAGCCAACUACUUUUUUAAAGCGUCGACCCACAUUCUGGGCGGCGAGACCGGACUGAUUUUCUUGCACACGAUGAGUUCGAUCCGACUACAAGGCAAAAGAUGUUCUUACUUGAGGUUGUAUUAGUCGAAAAACGGUGUCAAAGACGGGCAUGGACACUAAGACUCCACCUAUACCUUUGAAGCUUCCAGAGAAGGCUCAAGCAAAGAAGCAGGAACGCGUAGCCGAUUUGUUUCUGCCGCCAUUGAUACCUUCUACUAAUCACCGACAGAAAUUAAAACCUGCUGUAAAUUCGUGGUCGCAUGACGUCAAUUAUCCUACAUGUUAUCAAAAUCAUCAUAAGAAGAGACCUUACAGAGUAUUGCAAAUUGGCGCCACACCUUUGAUGCACGCUUGCCAGCAGGCCGACAGACAUAAAGUCUUGAGAUUAUUGAGGGAGCAAGAGGAGAGCAUCUGUUAUAGAGAUAGAACGUUAAGAAGUGCACUUCAUUACUGUAUGGAUGCUGGAACGGGUGGUGCCGUUGCAUCAGCGGCACCAGAAUUGGUUAAUGCUCCCGAUGCCGAGGGACAUACACCUCUUCAUCUUGCAGUCAUUGCAGGCGAUACUCAGUUGGUAGCUGUUUUAUUAGCAAAUGGUGCCGACGUUAAUGCCAAAGAUUUGGAAGGUCACAGCGUUCUUCAUUGGGCCACUGUUUGCGGCGAAGCGGAAUGCGUACGUCUGAUCUUAGCUGCAGGUGCUAGGCCUUCAACGCCAGAUCUUCGCGGAGGUUCACCCCUCCAUUACGCAGCGCAAUGUUGCGGUGCCGCAGCGACUGCCGAACUCGCGGUUCCAAAGAAAGUUGGUUUAAAGGUAUUACAAACUCUUAUAGAAUUUGGAGCUGACGUUAAUGCGAAGGAUGAAGAUGGACGACAGGCAAUCUUAUGGGCGGCUAGUGCCGGUAGCGUGGAGGCAGUUUUAGCUUUGGCAAGGGUCGGGGGAGCUGCGGCCGCAGGAGCAUCGGAUAAAGAUGGCUUAACUGCACUUCAUUGCGCCGCGUCGAGAGGUCAUGCAAGAUGUGUCGAAGCUUUGAUUAAUUUGUGCGGAUCCCAGCCCGAUCAUGUAGAUGAUAAUGGUUGUUCCGCUCUACAUUAUGCCGCUACGCUCGGUCACGCCGACGCUACGGCCUUGAUUCUUAAAUUAGGAGCUGAUCCAAAUCGACAAGAUCGAAAGGGUAGAACGCCAGCCCUAUGUGCAGCAGCUAAGGGUCAAUUGGAAACGUUAAAAAUCUUAGCGCAACAUGGUGGCUCGUUGCAUGCUAGAACAGUACGAGGUACAGGGGUUGCUCACGAGGCUGUGGCUUCCGGAAGAAUCGAACUACUCAAAUGGUUGGCUAAAAAACGUCCGAGUACGUUGGAUAUCGUUACGCAAGACGGUAAGACGCCUCUUCAUGUAGCAGCACUUCAUGGUCAUUUGGAUGCUUGCAAGGUGCUUUUGGAUCAUGGUGCAAAAAUAAAUGCCAUUCUAAGGACUAACAAGGGUAAUAUGAUGACCGCUUUGGAUGCUGCUCUUUAUAGAGGCCACAGAGAUUGUGCUAAAUUAAUUCAAAUGCAUGGUGGAACUACUGCCCAACGAUUAAGAGAUCGCAGGAGUACACCUGGGAAGGUUUUUUCUGCAAAAUUUCGAUUUAACCGUACUGAGAGUGACACAGAUUCGGAAGAUAGUUCUCCAAAAUGGGAUCACGCACGCAAGGCACCCCGUGUCUAUUACGAGGAACGAUGGAUCGAGAAAAGGACACGAAAGAAAGGAAAUUGCAAGAAUUUAUUGCGACGAGAUAGUCGAAGUUUCAGUGAAGAAGAAAUUCGACUAUCUAAGAAAGGGUCUUCGAGAAAAGAAUGCCAGCAACGAAGCAGAAGCGAAUCUGCGAGAUACGACGAUAAUGAUACGACUACUGAUGAAAAAUUAGCACGCAAAGGAAGAAAAAGACGACUUAGAGCAAGAUCUAAGGAUGAUUAUAGCGAUUCAUCUAUAAAUUAUAGCGAUGAUAGUUUUCAAGAUGAUUUAAGAAAGGACGGAAAGGUAAGGACGUUUCUUCUUCAACGUAAGUUUGGAAGACGGAGAUCAAAAUGUCGAGCGGAUAAGAAUAAAAAGAGAUCAAAGUCAGAGAUUGAAGCAAGUAGAGCCAAUCGGAAGAAUUUACAACCGGAAACAAAGAGUGAUCAAGACGAGCACAGUGGUACCGAUGACAGUUUGGAAGUAAUCGUGGUGAGAACGUCCGUUGAGAAGAAAAAGUGUGAAAAGAUUGUAUCCGGAGGAAAAGCACAGAAAUCGAAAGAAAAUUUGAAAGAUAGUAAAGGAAGAGGAUCUCGUAAAAGCAAUUUGAGACAGAAAUCAGAGUCCUGUGUAUCGACAACAUCAGAUAAAUUAUCCGAUAAGGAUAAAACAUCAGACAAGGUAUCUGAAAAGGAUACAGCAAGUGCUAAAUCAAAGUCACAUUCAGACAAAAAAGAAAUUGAGGAAGAAGAGUAUAAAAAUGUUGAUGAAGUUGACGAUGAUGAUGAUCAAGUUGCUUCAAAAUCAUCGACAUCAGAAGACAAAGAAAUAUCCUUCGUAGAUAGACGCUAUCAUCAUAGAGACGUGACUGAUAGUACAAGUCACGAAACCGUCGAACGAGUUUUAGUUACUGCGAUGGUUCACAAAGAUCAAGGACCAGAUACUCCAAAAUCUACGAUGGAAACUUCGAAGGAAGUUACUUUUGAAGAUGCUUUGGAAAAAGAGAUAUCUGAUAAAAACAAUGAAGAAUUGCAAAGUAAUGUGGACGAUGUUCAAACGAAAUCCGAUCAAUUAUCUAACUCGUUGGUCAUGAAGGCUAAAGAUUUAAAAAAGGAUAUUCAAAAUAUACGAUCUAGUAUUGAAGAUAGGAAUGAUGAUAACGUAAAAGAAAGGAAUAAUGAUGAGAAGGUAGUAAGCGAGGUUGAAGAGGUUGAAGGUAGGUUGCGCGCAUUCCAAGUAAAAAAACCCGAAAGCACUUCAUUGGAUUCUCAGGAAGAAGGACGUCUGGAUCAACGAGAGGAGGAUUCUCAAAAAGAAAAUGAAGAAAAUGAUCAAAUAAUUCCUACCAAUUCGCCGAGUUCUCCGAAAAAUAUUGAAAGCAGUGUGGAUAAUGUGCCUUCAGAAUUAGAUUCACAUGCUCAUACAUCGAAAGAAUCACUUAAAGAAGAUAUGCCAACUUUGGCGUUAGAAAAACUUUCGAAAGAAGAAAAAGAUGAGGUAACUGAGACAAUAGAUUCGAAAGAAGAACACAGUAGAAAUGGUACAGUGCAAAAGGAUGUCGAAGAAUCGAAUAUUGUCAUCGAUGAUUUUGACUUAACGAAUAAAGAAUCUUUUCAAAUUCAACAAGAGAAACGUCAGGAUGAGGCAUCAUCUCCUUCUUUCGAUGCACCAUAUGGCAAUGAUUUUUUUGAGGAUAAAGAACAAGUAGAUUCUGCACGUGGCAAAUCUGUAGAUUUAUCUUCAGAUUCUAGAGAUUCAGUAAUGAUACGAGAAGAUGAGAAUGACUUUUCAAGAACGAAUACACCAGUCCUAGCUAAGGGUACCGUUCACGAAGUCAAAUUCGACGAACAUAAAACAAGAGAAUCUAAUAAAGUCAGGAUUGGUAAAAAAGUAGAUGCAAAUAAUACCACAAACGAGGACAAAUCUUUUUUAAAUAAAGAAGUCAAGAAUUUGUCACCAAUGGCAACAAGACGUUCAAGGUAUUCGAAAGAAUUGUUGAGAAAGCAGACAAAAGAAGCUGAGUGUCCCUUGACUGGAACAAAAACAUCGAACAGAACUAAAAAUUUAUUUGACAAAUCCGAUGAACGUUCUUUAGAUCGUAGUGCUAUAGUUGCCGUUAUUGAGAGUCCGGAAUGGUUUGAAGAGGAUGAAGAAAUUGAGAAAGAAAUUAGAAAAGUAAUCAGAGAAGAUGGGGAACGUGAUACGAGACAAGAAGAAAAUAAUGAAAUGGGUGUUAUCAGAGUUUUACCGAGUACCAGUGAGAAAGAAACUUACGUCGGUACAUCCAAAACUUCGACUAUCGUUACUUUACCACAGGUUCAAAGAAAACUUUGCACGUAUUCGGAAAAGAUACCUAAAAUUCCAUCGGAAAAUCAACGUUUUCGACAAUGUACCAAACAGUGUCGUCGUGAUAGUGGUGGUAGAGAUAGUGGAAUAGAACCAAGUCCGAGAGUUUCUAAAAUACCAAAGAGAAAGAACAUGGUUGAAUGUUCGAAACUUGAUAAACAUCAGCUUCUCAAUGUAGAUACCGUCACGAGAGACGUUCAAAUUAAUUUGCGUCGUUAUCAUUUAGAAAGGAAGAUCUUUUUUCAAUUGAUGGAACUUAAAAGGUUGCAGAUUAGGCAUGGUAGAGCUAAUGAACAAGUUUUGGUUAAAAGACAGGUUGAGUCAUUUCAUAAAGCUGGCAUGACUGGUCCAACUCUUGGUGUUGCUAAAUAUGAUCAACCAUUUACAUUCAGACAUUUCGAAGCCUUCUUAUACGAACAAUUAAGGAAAUUACAAAGGAGACCGGUCACCCCAAAUUUUUGUACAGAUGCAAAAUAUUGUACUCAAAAAACUCAUCGGUGUCAUCACGCUACAACUGCUUAUACUUCAGUACCUGUUUAUACUUAUAUUGGCGGAGAGGCGCAAGAACGAGUGGAUCACUUUCCAAAAAUCGAGACACGUGGAAGAGGACAAAUGACGGUGGAAGUAACUCACGGUGACGAAAAACAAGUUAUCGCUCUACCAGCUGAAAGAUUAGAUUGCACCAAAAGAUAUUUCGUUACUUUUACAGUUAGAGGAGAAAGUCAAGGGACUACGAAAUCCUCUCAUUCUAUGAAACGAAGUGCUAAGAGUGUUUAAAACGUUCAGUAUAUUUAAUAUCAUGUACAUGCAUUGUAUAUGAUAUGAGCAACGUAUAUUUUAUUGAUUGUCUAUGUAAAAUGAGCAAUGAGUAUAAUGAACAAGUAUUUUACAGGUUCUCUCUCUUCUGUCAUUUUAGAUUGACCUAAACUUUAUGGGCAUUCUGUAAAAUGUCCUCAUUAAUACAUUGACCGUAACUUAUACAAAAUUAUUUGUAUAAGCAAAUGUCUUGUCUUAUCUAUAUACUUAUCUAUGUACUUUAUCUGUUGUUAAUUUAAUAUUUUAUUUUUUGUUUUGUUUUAA